AUGACAGACCUCACUCCCGCCUUCGAUAGCAUCCUGCUGACGCACUCGGCGCCCCCGACCAAGCGCGACGCCUUCAGUCCCGACAACCUCGACGAGUUCCUGAAGGAGGCCUACACCAUCAACCAUGCCAUCCGGUCCCUGCACACGGACCUGCUGCGCAUUCGCCAGUCCUACCUCUCCACCGCUCACCCGCGGCGGACCUUGAUACGCCAGCAGAACGGCCGGGGAGCCCCCCAGCAGCAGCCUCUCACCGACCACGACCGCGAGGAGAUUGACGCCAACUCCAAGCAGCUCCUCCGCGACCUCAACGCCAAGAUCCGCCAGCUCGCCGACGCGGAGCAGAUCCGGCAGGAGACCCAGACGGCGCUGAUCAAGAAACAGUUCGCGCGCGGCCUGGGUGCCCUGGGUGCGUGGGCCUCCGGGGGCGUAACCGGGGCCCUCGCGGCCGCGAAGAGCGCCGAGCACAGGGCGGCCGAGGAGGCGGCGAACAGUGUCAACACGCACCGCGAGAGCGUGCUCUGGACGUUGAGGCAGCGGCUGCAGGAAUGCGUCAAGACGCAGCAAGGCAUGAUGGAGGUCCGGCUGAACCGCGAGAUGGAGAAGAGCCGGAGCGUGCUGGCCAGGGCCGGCGUGCCGGAGAUGGGCGCCAUGGCCGGUGCAAGAGAGCCUAGGAGCCCGGCCAGCGCAAAGAGGAGGGCCUCGCAAGCCGCGCAGGGAAUGCCGGCCGAGGACGAGCCAACCUAUAAUCCCUCGGACGACUUGUCACCGGAGCAGAUCCAGAUGUUUGAGAAGGAAAACCACGCCAUGCUAGAACACUACGAGAGCAUACUGGGCCAAGUCAGGACGGCCGAGAAGUCACUAAUAGAGAUCUCGGAGCUGCAGACACAGCUGGUCACGAACCUGGCAACCCAGUCGGCGCAUAUUGACCAGCUGGUCGCCGACUCGUUUAAUAUAGUCGAGGAUGUGGGCGGUGGAAACAAGCAGCUCAAGAAGGCCUCGCAGAAGCCCAGCCCGGCCAAGUAUACCUUCUAUGCGACGUGUGGUCUGUGUACGCUACUUGUCGUGUGGGACCUGUUGAUAUAG